AGAGAGAAAAACACAUAUUCAUUCAUUUCGCCUCGAUUCGUUGUUAUUUUGUGAUGGAAAAUAUAUUUUUCUAGACCAACCAUACAGACAUAAAAUUCAUGCUCACGUAGUUAUUCAUGUAACGAACAGCAAAGCAUAUAGAACUCGUUCAACCAGGCAAACAGUUCGACGUUUCAUUUUUGUCGGUGGAAUUUUAACAAAUCGAUAGCAUUGAAAGUGACGACGACUACUACGACAAAUCGAAAAUUAUGAUUAAUUUCUUUUGUGAACAUUCGACGACGCAUUUUAAACACACAGUUCAACAAAACCAGAUGACUGGUUUUACAAACGAUACAAUUUGAAUAAAAUUCAACAACCAGCCAAGCAAUUAGUUAUAUUGUGAAAUCGCUAUUAUUAUUUUUCCUUCUCUUCUCUUCAUUUAGUGGAAGUGAUGAUUUUUUCCUCUCGUGCACAGUGUGUGAAUACAAAAUAAACAACAAAAUGUCGUGUAUUAUGUGAACCGAAUGGAAGAGAAAAGAGAGUGUGUGCCUCACACAAAUAUAUCGACAAACGCAUUUUGAACGCGCAAUAUAUAACAAUAUUAAAUUAUAUAUUUAUUUUUUUUCCUUCUCUGUAAUAAAAAAAAGACGACGACGACCACGACUAUUCAACUACGAAAACUACGAAAAGCAAAUUAAAAUUGCAUGUACGUCGUUGUUCCCUUCAAAAGAAAAUAUAUACACACAGGCAAAGAUAGAGAGAUAGUGAAAGACAGAGAGAGAUAAAGAGAGUGAGAGAGAAAAAGAAGUCGACUGUGAUGAAAGUGUUUUGUGGCCAGAUUUUUUUGCGUUCAAUCGUUUGUUUCAGCGUAUUGCGAAAGUCAAUUGAAAUUCCGUAUUAAAAGUUAUUGGGAACGCGUAAGAGGUGUGCUGGGAACUAGCACGAAAUGUGCCGAACAUAAAUAUACAAAAUACGAUUAGGUGUUGUGUCAGAGGAAAAGAGAGAGGAAACAAAAAAAGAGAAAAAAAAAGAAAGGUCGAAUUGAAAGUAGUGCGCAUUCAGUUUUUUUUUUCGUAUUGCAUUCAAUAUAAUUUGCUUGUGUUUCUGUGUAUACAGUUAUUAGUGGAGAUUGAAAGAUGAGAAGUAACUGUGUGUGAAAUUAAAUUGAAAAAAAAAAAAAUUAUGCCGACGAAGGAAGAAAAACACCACAGCAGCAGCAGCAGCAGUAGCGGCAGUAGUGGCAGCAGCGGCACCGAAAAACAUAAAUAUUGUUUUCUAUGCAACCGCAAUGAAUUCACUCUUAAAUCAUUUGACCCGACCAUUGAAAAGGAUCUGAGAGUCAUUUACAACACAGAAAUAAAAUUCAAGGAAAACCGAAAAGUAUGCCUACAAUGCUUGCAUGUGAUUACAUUGCUGAAGCGAUCAAUCAGAGACGAGAAAAAACACAAUGAAUGUUGCAAGGAUUUCUUUGAAAAUGUGACGUACUUACAUGAGCUACGCAACAAGUACCAGCGGUAUGUCAACCGACUGAUUGACAGCCGAAAUAAAGAUAAAGAUUCGCCGAAAAAGGCAGCAGAUCCACAAUUGAAUCAAUCCACCCCCGUAACAUGCUCACCUGUAUCAUCAGUACCCUAUACCUCAGCGGAUGUCACAAACAAUACAACGCCCAAACCAAGCAUCAAACCGUCACAGCAGCAGCAGCAGCAGCAGGUCCAACAACAACAGCCGAUUAAACUUAAUGAUAAACCUUUAAAAACGAAUGCACGCUCAAAUGGAAAAUCUUUGGCUGAUACAAAUCAUUGUAAAGGCAUCGAACGUUUGCAAAAUGUCAACCAUAGAUUAGUCAAAGUAAAAGAUAAAGAAAAAGAAAAGGAAAAAGAAAAGGAAAAGGAAAAAGAAAAGGAAAAAGACACCGUUAAAAACAGCACAGUGGGUGGUACAAACAGCAACACUACCGUCACUACCACCGCUACCACCAGCAGCACGACUAAUAUCGUCAGAAGUAGUAGCAGUAGAAGCAGAAAAAAUAAAUAUUUAGCAAGUUUGACAUUGAAAAAAGAUGAAGUUGCCGUUCAAGACAGCGAAAAACAACAACAAAAGUCACCCGCCAAGAUCGAUUCAAUGGCUAAAGAAAAACUCAUCGAAGAAGCAACAAAAUCAAACGAUGUCACAUCAAAAAGCAAUAAACGUCGUUCGCAGGAUCGAAAAACGGCAGCGCCGGAGCUUAGUAGUAUUAACGCAGAAAGUGAAAUAAAGACAAAACUAUCAAAUAGUUCAAAUAGUAGUAUUGUAAAUAAGGCUUCGCUUAUCACUGAAAACACACAAAAUGAGACGCUAAUUGUUGCCAAAAGUGUGAAGUCCACCAAGAUACCGACAAACACGAAGAAAGCAAGGGUACAACGGUCGAGCUCACCGAUACAACAAAUCGCAAUUACACCAACACGCCAACAGCGACACUGCACAUUUGAGCAAGCGCUCACACAAGUCGAAACAACACGCUCAAAAACACGAACACAAACACAAAAAGAAUCCGUCUUGACACAAACACCUGAUACAUUGGGACCAACCACCAAUUCUGAAGUAACAACAGAGACCGAAAAUGAAAUGGAAACAAACACCGUGGCAGAAGAUGUAUCGACAAAUGAACCGGAUAGUAAAUUGACCGACGAGAAAAAUGUGUCGCCGAAAGCGCCACCGGCAAAAGAACGAUUCGAAUUCACCACAAUAAAUGGAAAGCAAAUUGAAGUGCCAGCACGAGUUAAAUUUGAUAUGAAAAUGUUCAAUUGUUAUGUUAAACUAAGCCGAAAGCAAUUGUAUAAGCGAAAAUUUAAUGGCUCACCGGAAACUUUAUCAUCACCUCCAAUGAAAAAGCGAAAGAGAACUAGCGUACGGAAUUAUAAUGAGUCCGAAGUUGGACCAACUGAAAUUGAAUACAAUGAUGAAUUGUGCAAUACUCAACAGCCGCGAAGUAUUUUACAAAAAAUGAAUCGCUCAAAAACACCGGUAAAUGGUCGAAAACGGGUGUCAUUCCUCGGUGUUCCAUCGUCACCACCACAAUCAUCACCCAAACCAUCGAAAUCAUCAACCACAUCCGAAUCACCAUCAUCAAAGGAAAAGUCUGAACAACCGAAGCAAAGUCAUGAAAAUGAUACUACUACGAUAAUGAGCGUUAAAGAGAAAGAGGCUAAAAUUGAAACGCCAAAGGCACACGAAAAGCCAAAAGUCGCUGAAAAACCAAAAGACGAUAAAACACCGAAAGCUGAUGUAGCUUCGAAAGUGGAUAAAACACCAGAAGUUGAUAAAAUAUCGAAAAUCGUCGAAAGCCCGAAAUUGAAAGACAUUAAGAAAGUGAAUACAACGGUGAAACAAAAAGAAACGCCGAAAAAGGCAAUACAACGGCCAAAGAGGGCUAAAAAGUGCAUUUCAAAUGAAAUUUUAUCCAGCAAUAAUAUCGUAGCAAGCGUUGUGCAAUCACCGCCAACAGUUUCCAAAUCAAAUGACAUUCUCAUUACAACAGACGAACCAUGUGAUAAUGUCGCGGAAGAGUAUGAAAUUGAAACGUCAAACGCAUCAUGUUCUGAAGUUCAAUUGAAUUCCACAACCGAUGAAGCGAUUACAAGUGCAAUCACCGCGGAGACGGAAAAUGUGAACAGCGAUGUUUUAGAAACGGUUAAUUUAGUCGAAGAAAAUGCAAUCAUAACCGAGUCUGACGAUAAUUUGCAAACGACGACAACGGAACCAAUCAAGAAAAAGGGGAAACCAUAUCAGUCACGCAUCAAACCGACAAAUAACAUUAACGUUGAGCCGGUAAAAGUAAAGGAAAAACAAGCGACAAAAAGACAGCGAAAACAAGUAGAUAAAGUUAAGAAAACAAAAUAUGCAGCAAUUGAGGCUAAGGAUGACAUCGAAAUUGUCAACCUAGACGAUAUUAAACGAAAUAUUGUCAUAGAAAAUGUUGCAGAAAGUGUACCCAGUCCGCUUAAAGCAGCCGUCGAUGAAACGGACGAGGAUGAAGUGAAGCUUUUGAUUGAAGCCGAUCCGCUUGCAAUUGAAACGGACAGUGGUUGUAUGUCACCGGUGGAUACACCAAUAUCGGUUCCCAUAUCGAUUCCAAUAUCCGUAAUGUCCACACCAGUAUUGACACCAACAACAACACCGACGCCGACACCGACACCGACGCCAACACCGACGCCAACACCGACGCCGUCGCUACGAACGCAAAGUCCGAAGCCAAAACAUGAUACAACAUCAGAAGAAACAUCAUUAAAAGUCAUGACGCCCACAGCCACAUCGAUUCCACGAAGCCAUGAAAGUCCGUUGAAAAUUAAAAUUUCAAACGGUAAAGUUGUACAGUCAGAAACAACAAGCCCACCGCAAUCAAGUCCUUCGAAAAGAAAUUCAAUUUGUACAGAAAGCUCACCGAAAGCCGGUGCUCGUUAUCGCACGAAACGUGUACGCAAGAAGAAGUAUUUAUCUGCCGACUAUGUCGAACAUGAUGUAAAUGAAUCCGAAUCGGAAGAAUCACCGUCACAAGCACCGAUAAACGAACGCAAAAAACGUAAAGUGACACCAUUAUCAAAACGAUUGAAGGAAAAAGAGGUCGAGGUAUGUUCGCCACCCGAAAAUCCAUCCACAAAUGUCAUCGAAGUUGAAAUGUCUGUUGAUCAGACAAUGUUGGAAUCACAACCAUUACAACCAACACAACCAUUACAACCAUUACAAUCAUUACAACCAUCACAACUAUCACCGCAAGUUGGUGAUCGUGUUUACCGGGCAUAUGUUCGCCUUGAUAAAAUUAAUCAACAAAACAAUGGCUCUGAAUUGGCCAUUUUGGAGGAGGAGCAGCAGCAGCAUCAUCAUCAACAAUGUGGACCAAUGUCUCAGCAACAUCCGGCCUAUUCACAAUCGGUAAAUACACAAACUGAAUAUAUACUGCGGCCAGCAACGCAAAUCACCCAAUUGCAAUCAAUGUCACAAGCCAAUGAAAACUUACUGCACAUGAACAAUAUGAAUGGAAAUAACGGUUGUGUCACCACUCUCAUACACAAUGUCGUUGGAAAUAUGGAAAUUGUUGAAAAUGAAAGUGAAGCGCAUACGAUGAACGUCAUUCAGAAUUACACAAAUGAAGGCAUGAAUAAUGACGGCAUGUACGAAAUGCAAGAGACGACAAUUUGUGAAAAUGGUGAAUCACCCACUGUGCCAAUAGUGCAAACCGAUAAUACGGGCACAAUUAUUGGUUUUGAAUCGCCCGCAACGGUUGAUUCAACAACAUCGGGCUAUUCAAGUGCAACCGCUACAUCUUCAGUUUAUUUGGUUGAUACACAAUCGUUGAAUCAUUCGAUUGAGGUGAGCAAUGGUUUUAAUAGCGAUUUUAAUAUACAACAAAUGCAAUUGGAAACAUUUCCAUUUGUUGAAAUUCAACAAUCGGACAUUAUUGAUAUUUUGGGCAAACCAAAUGAUUGCAAUGAUGCAUUGAACAUGGAAAAUAUUAAUUUGGAAACGUCGGCCAAUACAACAGACACCCGAACUUAUUAUUUAACCGAUGAGCAUGCAAUAAAUACAUUUAACGCCAUAAAUACGAUCAAUACGGUAGCAACUGUGACUCAAGCGUUGCCAACAUUAACAACUGGUAAUAUUUUAGGUGUAUUCCGAACCAAAGCCAGUUUGAAACAAAUCGAUCCGCCGCCAACAAUGCAUUUGCUCACCGACAGUCAUGCUCAUAUUCAGCACCAUCCACAUCAUCAUCAUCAUCACCAUCUUCAUCAUCUUCAACAUUCGCAUAUGCUUGGCCACGGCUCAUCUGCCAUUCCAAAUGAAUUAAGUGGUAAAAUGCUACGAACUGAUAAUCCAAUAUUGAAUGCCGUGAUCAGUGGCAACGAAGAGUCGUCGAUGGAAAUGCAAGAUGCAAACGAUUCAUUUUCAAUGACCGUCGAUUCAAUGGUCACCAGCAGCGAUACAGUGCAAGCAACACAACGACGUCCCGGACUGAAUGUUGUGUUCUCCACACCGUCAAAGCGAAAUAAUGUUUAUCUCAGCAAUGAAAAUGUAUCAAUCGAUGAUUUUAUCAGUGACAGCCAAUCAUUGUUAAAUCCCGACAAUUUCCCAACGACCACCACAAAUGAAGAGUCCCAUCUGGAUUUCUACACACUUGGCAUGUAAUUAACUUAUUAAUAUCAAUUCAAUCGAUAGAAUGUAUUACAAUUAACUAAUAAAUCCUUUAGAAAAGGAUUGUUUGAAAAUCGAAAGAUAAACACACAAAACAGCAGAAAAUGGAAAUAUA